GGACAGGGACCGUGAGGGAACCGGGACAGGGACCGGGGCUGGGACCGGGGGGACACGGGGUGAGGGAGACCCGCGGGCCGAGCCGAGACCCCGCGGCGUGAGAGAGACCCUGCAGGCUUUAGGGAGUCCCCCCGAGCGCGGGCGGGGCGCGGCGGCUCCGGGAGCGGCGGCACCAUGAACGCGGCGCAGGGCACGGUGGGCAGCGACCCGGUCAUCCUGGCCACGGCCGGCUACGACCACACGGUGCGGUUCUGGCAGGCGCACAGCGGCAUCUGCACCCGCACGGUGCAGCACCAGGACUCCCAGGUGAACGCGCUGGAGAUCACCCCGGACCGCAGCAUGAUCGCAGCGGCAGGGUACCAGCACAUCCGCAUGUACGACCUCAACUCCAACAACCCCAACCCCGUCAUCAACUACGACGGCGUGAGCAAGAACAUCACCUCGGUGGGGUUCCACGAGGACGGCCGCUGGAUGUACACGGGCGGCGAGGACUGCAUGGCCCGCAUCUGGGACCUCAGGUCCCGUAACCUGCAGUGCCAGCGCAUUUUCCAGGUGAACGCUCCCAUCAACUGCGUCUGCCUGCACCCCAACCAGGCAGAGCUGAUCGUGGGUGACCAGAGUGGGGCCAUCCACAUCUGGGACCUGAAGACUGACCACAACGAGCAGCUGAUCCCCGAGCCCGAGGUGUCGGUGAACUCGGUGCACAUCGACCCCGACGCCAGCUACAUGGCAGCUGUCAACAGCUCGGGAAACUGCUACGUGUGGAACCUGACGGGUGGAAUCGGUGAGGAGGUGACGCAGCUGAUCCCCAAGACCAAGAUCCCGGCGCACAACCGCUACGCCCUGCAGUGCAAGUUCAGCCCCGACUCCACGCUCUUGGCCACCUGUUCUGCAGAUCAGACGUGCAAGAUCUGGAGGACUUCAAACUUCUCUCUGAUGACAGAGCUGAGCAUUAAGAGCAACAACCCUGGGGAGACGUCCCGGGGCUGGAUGUGGGACUGUGCCUUCUCUGGGGACUCCCAGUACAUUGUCACAGCCUCCUCUGAUAACCUGGCCAGACUGUGGUGUGUGGAGACAGGAGAGAUCAAGAGGGAGUACAGUGGCCACCAGAAGGCCGUGGUGUGCCUGGCCUUCAAUGACAGCGUGUUGGGAUAACGGGCACGUGUGACAAGCACAGGACCUCUGCUUGUUUCCCCUUGCCUUGCCAGACCCUCUCCAGAGCCUGGGACAUGCACUGUACCCUCCCCUCCCACCUGGAGAGGGCUGGGGCUGUGACAGGAGCAGCUGCAGCUGCCUGGGGUGAGACCAGGCAGGCAGGACAUUGCUGAAAUGUGUGUGGCCUCUGAGGGAGGGAAUGGGAGAGGGAGGCACGAUCCCACUGCAGGGACACAGGUACAGUUCAGCUGCAGGAAUCCCUGGGGCAUCGACUGCUGACAGCUUUGGAUGUUCUUGUACCCCAGAGUGGGAAAAGAAAUAAAAGUCAGCCUUUGCAAAUGAUGGGAGAGGCUGAGCAAAGAGGAGAAGCA